AGGGGGAGACCCUGUUUGGUUCACCUAGGGACAUGGAGGUGUGUGCGGCGUGAGAGAGUGAAAAGAGAAGCCAAUUUCUUCAACCUUCUUUUCUUUUGAUUUCAUUGGUUUCUCUUCUUCUUCUUCUUCAAUGUCUCACAGCGCGGCAAGGUGUGCCAGAAGGUUUGUGAACCUCACGCGUGCUCUCUCCACGGAGGCGCGUGCGCAGAAGGUGGAGCGUAUUGCCAACGAGCUUCUCGAUCUCAACAGGUUUGAGAGGCAUGACUUCACCGUCCUCUGGCGGCUCAAGAUGGGUCUCCACCGCUACGGCGCUCCUAUGGCCGACGUUGUCACACCAUCAAUGCCGGCUGCAGGGUCGCCUGGGGUGGAGGCCGCUGCUGCGGCAGAGAAGACGGUGUUUGAUUUGAAGUUGGAGAAGUAUGAUGCUGCUGCCAAGAUCAAAAUCAUCAAGGAAGUGAGGUCCUUUACUGACUUGGGGUUGAAGGAAGCCAAGGACUUGGUGGAAAAGGUUCCUUGUGUUUUGAAGAAGGGGCUCACCAAGGAGGAGGCUAAUCCCAUUCUGGAGAAACUCAAGGAGUUGGGUGCCGCUGUUGUGUUGGAGUGAUUCUCAAAUUCUGUUUUAGUGCUCUAGAUUUUUUAUGUUAGAUGUAGAAUCAUUGAAACCUAUUUAUGGGUAAUUAAUGAUAAAUGAUAAGUUAUAUGUUUUACCCUCUUUCCUUUCUUUUUUUUAUGUUUUGUUGGUAGUUUAUUUUAUGUGGUAUGUGGUAUGUGGUAUGUAGAAUCAUUGAAUUCUAGGGUUUGAGAAUUGUUUUUCGGGGUGAUGGUGAGAGCCUAUAAAUAGGACGAGCAAGAGAGGGUUUGAACACAUCAAAGCAAGUGAUUCUAGAGUUUAAUAGUGAGGGUUCGAGUGAGUGGGAGACGUCUGAGGCUGCGAUGCUUGGAGGAAGUGUUUGUGCAGUAAGGAAGAUUAUUUUUCCAGGUAUGGGCAGCUAUCUUGGCUUUAAUUGGUUGUUUUAAAUGUAAUAAUGGAUGAUUUCUAUUGAUUUCCAAUUUUCCCUUU